ACACAGCACAGCCAGGGCAGGGCAGUCAUACCUGGAAUAAUCAAAACACGAGACUGGCCAGCCCCCUUCCUCACCUUGCUAUAAGAACCACAGACACCUUGACAGGGUCACAGCUCCAACCAUGGCGACUAAAGUGGACAUCAGGGUAAACAACCACCAAGCAAACUUGGCAGCAUCCAAGGAGCACGUGCUGGCAGUGACCCGAAAUUACAUUGCAGACCCCAGACUGUGUUAUCGGACAGUUUGCGGGGUCAAUGGACCAUUGGUUGUGUUGGACAAUGUGAAGUUUGCUCAGUAUGCUGAAAUAGUGAAAUUCACACUACCAGAUGGUACAGCCCGAAGCGGUCAAGUGCUGGAGGUUGUAGGAACAAAAGCUAUUGUUCAGGUGUUUGAAGGCACAUCUGGGAUUGAUGCCAAGAAAACAACUUGUGAGUUCACGGGAGACAUCCUCAGGACACCUGUUUCAGAAGACAUGCUGGGACGUGUCUUUAAUGGCUCCGGGAAACCUAUUGACCGAGGCCCUACAGUGAUGGCUGAAGACUUUCUUGACAUCAAUGGUCAACCUAUUAACCCGUACGGUCGAACCUACCCCGAAGAAAUGAUCCAGACUGGGAUCUCUCCUAUAGAUGUAAUGAACAGCAUUGCCAGGGGACAGAAAAUUCCCAUUUUUUCAGCUGCGGGACUGCCCCACAAUGAAAUUGCAGCUCAGAUCUGUAGACAAGCUGGACUGGUGAAGAAGUCCAAGGAUGUAAUGGAUUAUCACGACGACAACUUUGCCAUUGUUUUUGCGGCCAUGGGUGUGAACAUGGAGACUGCUCGAUUCUUCAAGUCAGACUUUGAAGAGAAUGGGUCAAUGGACAAUGUUUGCCUCUUCCUGAAUCUUGCUAACGAUCCAACAAUUGAAAGGAUCAUCACCCCCCGUCUUGCUCUGACUGAAGCAGAAUACUUGGCGUAUCAAUGUGAGAAGCACGUGUUGGUCAUCCUGACUGACAUGAGCUCCUACGCUGAGGCUCUACGUGAGGUUUCAGCGGCUCGAGAGGAAGUCCCGGGUAGACGUGGUUUCCCUGGGUACAUGUACACUGACUUGGCCACUAUCUACGAGCGAGCUGGGAGAGUGGAAGGUAGAAGUGGAUCCAUCACGCAGAUCCCUAUUCUUACCAUGCCCAAUGAUGAUAUUACUCACCCCAUUCCCGACUUGACUGGCUUCAUUACAGAAGGACAAAUUUAUGUAGACCGGCAGCUCCAUAACAGACAGAUCUAUCCUCCAAUCAACGUCCUGCCUUCUCUAUCCCGUCUCAUGAAGUCUGCCAUUGGAGAAGGUAUGACACGGAAAGACCACGGAGAUGUCUCCAACCAGCUGUAUGCCUGCUAUGCUAUUGGGAAGGAUGUCCAGGCAAUGAAAGCUGUGGUCGGUGAAGAAGCUUUGUCCUCUGAUGAUCUCCUCUACCUGGAGUUUCUGCAGAAGUUUGAGAAGCAGUUUAUUGCUCAAGGUGCUUAUGAUAAUCGAACAAUCUUUGAGUCGCUGGACAUUGGGUGGCAACUCCUGCGUAUCUUUCCCAAGGAACUGUUAAAGCGUAUUCCAGAGGCCAUGCUGAACGAGUUCUACCCUAGAGAAUCUAGAGCACCCUUGGGCGACAGUUCCUCCUCUGCCAAAAAACAGUAACUGCCCCAUAACAGGCCAGCAGAGUGUAUCUGCAAUAUCCAUAAACAUAAUAUUUAUUUUUAAAUGUGUACUUGUCUGGUUAUUAAAUGCUUUGAAAAUUUGAACAAUAUGAAA